AUGGAGACUAACGAAGAUUUUGACACACGUCUCGUCUACGAGCCUCUUGAGGGAGUCGAGAGAUUUGAGAACUAUCGACCAGGGGGCUAUCACCCCAUUCAAAUCGGGGAUCACUUUCACGGUCGAUAUCGAGUUGUUCAUGAGCUAGGACAUGGGUCAUAUUCAACUGCGUGGCUGGCCCGUGAUGAACAAUUCAAUAAUCCACAUUAUAUGGAACAUACUCAUACACAGCGCCUACUGAAACUUCACUAA